AGCCUCUGGCAGGCUACCCAUCCCUUCGGCCAGCGAGAGCGAGUACCGCUCUCUCCGCACUCUUGACCUGGGCUCUCUCUAAGCCCAAGCGUUUUCAUUUCUCCAAAUUCGCCGAAACAAAAGAGACUUUCUACGAACAAACAGUGAUAAAAAAGAAGCCAAAAACCUCGUUUUACCUAUCCACUGGGGCGACCUGAGAUCGGACCGACAAAACCCUAGCUCAACCACUGAAGAAUCAUGUGGAGAAGACUAGUCUCUUUGCAGCUCAAAACUUUGUCUAUUCCUCGAUCGGUUCCUAAGCCCCAUCGAUUCACCGCCGCCGGUGCCGUCUCUUCAUCUCCGGAGUCAUUUCGGCCAUCCGUCACCCUCUUCUCUUGCCAGUUCUCCACUGAAACUGCAAAUGUGGCAACGAAAAAGACAGUUGAGGAUGUAAUGCCGAUUGCGACUGGUCAUGAGCGCGAAGAGCUUGAGGCUGAGCUUGAAGGAAAGGAUAUUCUGGCAAUCAACUAUCCCGUUGGUCCUUUUGGUACAAAGGAAGCACCUGCAGUCAUUCAAUCUGUCUAUAACAAAAGAAUUGUUGGAUGCCCAGGAGGUGAAGGCGAAGAUGAGCACGACGUUGUAUGGUUCUGGCUUGAGAAGGAUAAGCCGCAUGAGUGCCCAGUGUGCUCACAAUAUUUUGUGUUAGAAGUAGUUGGUCACGGAGGAGAUCCUGAAGGGCAUUCUGAUGAUGAGCAUCACUAGUCGGAUUCUGCAAUGAGCCGGCAAAAGAGAUGAUGAGAGGAUCUAGCAAAUUCAGCAGGAUGUGAAAGCUUUGUGUUUUGUUCACUUCUGAAAAGUAUGUUCUUCUGAAGGUUGCUUUGGCAACAAUUGAGUCUGACAAAUUUUUCUUUAUACACUUUUUUGGUAUUUUAAGCAUGGGCUGGUCAUCCAUGGGAAUUACGGACUCUUUGACUUUUUUUUAGUGCAAGUCAAAUAAUCAAUGGCUACAAUUGGUUCAUUUGUAAUUGACAUUGGUACUUUAUGAGACGAUCCAUUGAAAUUGAGGUGUCA